CGCUCUGCCGUCUACCAAGAUCCCAUUGUAAAGCUUAUACCGCUGUUAAUCGCUUUCCUCUCUCUCACAUGUGCCGCUGGAUGGAAGACUCUUCAUCAUCGUUCAUUGCAUCUACUUGUGGAACAGUGUGCCAUUGUUACACUGCAUUGAUCCGUAUCCGCCGUGCUACGCCGCAAAGACUACACCGACUUACCAGCCACAAUAUUAGGUAAGUAUUAGCAUGUAAGUGACUGUCAGUCCUCUGUGGUCAUCUGCUUGAGCCUUGCAUAUUCAGGCGCACCAGGUAUGGUGAGCCUUGAGGCGCUUGUACCACAAAAUGCUUUCAUCACCGGACCUUUCAACGUAUACCAACCUUGUAAUCGUAUGCUGCCACGCCAUAUACCUGGGCUCACGUUCUACGCCGGACGCAGAUCCAUAUGAUGAGAUCGCUUGGCUUCUCCAACAUUUCCAGAAGAGUACUGCGACUAAGCAGAGCGAGCACGAAACCUUCAUCCAUCAUGUUACAACAGGAUUGAAUAUGACUCGCACAGGUGCUUGGCGCAACAAGAGUAUCCUCGUAAUAUCAGGAGGUCGAACGAAGCGCAACAUUACUGAGCUAAGCGAAUCAGAGAGUUACUAUCAUGCACUACUACACACCUCAGACGAGGUCAGAAGCCAUGCUCAGCAAGCAUUCACGGCGGGCACGUUGUUACUUGAAGAACAUGCCACAGACAGUUACCAGAAUCUGCUCUUCUCCAUCAUCGCAUUUCGCAAAAGGACAGGGAGAUAUCCUGGGAGCAUACGUGUAGUGACCCACGCCUUUAAGGCUCGUAGAUUCCUUGAGCUUCAUGCGAAUGCUAUACGCUGGCCUAAAAAAUCCAUAACAGUCUCCGGUAUUGACCCUCCUAUGGACUGGGAUGAAUAUACGGUUACUACCAGUGGCGAGGCAUCUAAAGGCUACAUGCCAUGGACCGAUGAUCCUCAUGGGGUCCGCAAUGUGCUCAGCGAGAAGCGUCGUGCUCGUGGCUGGGAUCCAACAGUGAAAGUCCUCCUUGCUCAAGGCCUAGAGAGUUCUGUACAGGAUCUUGUGCACUGGAACGGGGGACUGGAGGGGAAUUUGCCUUUUCCACAAGAAAAGAAGCUUGUUUGGGAGCUUGACUGUCAUGCAGAUGGACUGUAAAUGCACGCAGCGAAGUAUGAGAUAUCUGAUGUCCCUCUCGCGCUCGUGUAGUAGAGCUCACGUGAAUGACUAUCGAACAUGUGUCGUGAUAUAUUCGGUAUCAAAAUAAUACGGUCAUCCAUUUUCAGAAAUUCACUCGUCUGAUAGCGUAGUUGAGUAGAUGCAGAUUGAUAUAGCUUGCACAGCGCUGUCCAGACUUUCUCACAACCAUUCGUCUCUCG